AUGCAGCUCGCGAUAUUGUCCCUCCUUGCGCUGGCGACCGAUGCCGUCCUCGGCCAACUGGCCAAGUGCCCGGGCUCUGACAAUCUCACCGUCCAAACCUCCACGGGCACCUUCACGGGACUUAUCGAUCCCGAGUUUCCGAACACUCUCCAGUUCCGCGCCAUCCCGUUCGCAGAGCCGCCCGUGCUGUCACGCCGCUGGCUGCCGCCGCAGAAGCUCUCGUCGCAGCCAAGUGAGCAUCACUAUGCAACGCGGUUUCCGCCGUCGUGCCCGCAGUUCGUGACGGCGGUAACCUCGCUCUGGAAUCAAAACCUGACCAAGGGCAACUUAAUCUAUAACGGCCGCCAGAACGACUCGUCGGGGCUGGUGGGCGAGGCCACUUCCGAGGACUGUCUGUACCUAGCAGUGUGGACGCCGACGGUCGCAGCGCCGCGGCCCAACGCCGGGCUCCCUGUCCUUUUCUUCAUGACAGGGGGCGGCUUUGUGAUCGGCGGCAUCGAUAUACCGUGGCAGAUGCCGACGUCGUGGGUCGAACGGUCGCAGUCGCAUAUCGUUGUCACCAUCAACUACCGUGUCAACAUAUUUGGCUUCCCUAACGCGCGCGGGCUAGCGGACGGCCACCAAAACCUCGGCAUCCUCGACCAGCGCGCUGCACUCGAAUGGGUGCGCGACAACAUUGCGGCCUUCGGCGGCGACCCGAACCGCAUCACGCAGUGGGGGCGGUCAGCUGGGUCCAUCAGCGCGGAUAUCCAUGCUUACGCUUUCCACGAGGACCCCAUCGCCCAAGCCUACUUCCUGCAAUCGGGGACGGUCUUUAGUAGCUCGCCGGCCGAGGAUCCGACGUACUCCAACUUUAGCUUCGUGGCGCGCCACGUUGGGUGCGAGGCCCCGUGCGGCGGCGACGAGGACGAGCACGGCGCGGCGGAGCUCGACUGCAUGCGGCAAGUGCCGUUCGCGCAGAUCGAGAACUUCAUCGGACAGUACGGCGAUCGGGGCGAGACGCCCGCGCUGUCCUUUAGCUUGGUUCCUGACGAUCGCAUCGUUUUCACUGACUACGAGGCGCGGUCCGAGGCCGGCAAGAUCGCGCGCGCGCCGGUCAUCAUCUCCAACACGGCCAAUGAGAUGUCGUCGCUGGUACCGUAUCCGGAACAGAACCUGACCGCGGGCCCGUACCAGCCGGCGGUGACCGCUGGCAACAUUGCGUUUGGGGUAUGUCCGACAUUCAACUCAACCGUAUAUCGGAACCGGAUGGGCGCUGGGGUGCCCGUCUUCCGGUUCCAGCAUGCGGGCACAUUUCCCAAUUUGAACUAUUUCAAGUGGCUCGGCGCGUACCACGCCAGCGACGCACCGAUAGCCUUUGGGACGUAUGGGCUUCUGGAUCAUAUAGCGAAGACUACCAGGUUCGAAGUUGAGGUUAGCCAGUCGAUGCAAGACCAUAUUCUCGCCUUCGUCAAGGACCCAUAUUAUGGCCCGCAGAAGACAAUGAACUGGAAGCCGCUAGUCGCCAGUGAUCCGCAUGGUGGAGAUCUCAUCCGCUUUGGCGCCGAUGGCAAGGUAUCCCAGCACGUCGAUGGUGUCGAGGUCGACGGAGUAUGUCAGGGAUUACGAGAAUACAAUUCGUUCCCGUGA